CUGGCGUCAGGAGCCGAGGAUGCAGAGACAAGUGCUCCUGACUAGGGGAGGGCUGGCAGGAGGAUUUCCCUUCGGGUUCGCAGCAUCCCCGUGUCUGCUGUCUGCUGUGGAAAGGCUUUGUGCUGGAGCGUGGGGAGCAGAGCUCACAAGUGACCUCUACCUGGAUCGGCCUCGCUUGCUUUAAAUGCCUGUCCCUCUCCUUGGGCUCAGGUGUUUGGUGACAGGCUGGAAAGUCAUGGUAGGUAGGUGCUGCUGGCAGCUGAGGGUGCCUUCUGCUUUGGAAAACAGGGAGGGAGGAAAACUGGUCGACUCUGAAUAGCCUUGGGAAGAGCAAGCGGGGAUCCUCUCCACGCUGUAAGAACAGACCCUUUGGAAAUUCAUCCGAGCAGCCGAUUUCUUGGGGUUUCUCAUCACCUCUGAGAUCAAACCCCAUCCUCUUCCUCAGCCAAGGGCCACCACAGCCACGCUGGGCCACCUCCUCAGAGGGCAGCUCCUUCACCUGCCCAGUGGCACUCGCCGUGGGGGCUCGCAGACCUGUGCCAGCGCUACCGAGGGACCCUUUCCAGCGAGCACUUUCAAUUUUUCCUCUUCCUCCUUCACUCAGCUCUGCAGCAUCACAUGAAAUACAUGUGCAGCCGCCAGCUGCUCUGAGCUGUGACCUGCGCUUGGCUCAGGGAGACAGGACUUAGCACCCUCCAGAUCUGAGGGCUCACUGUGCACGCUGUGGACUGUCCAAGUAAUUCCUGGCUGAACUCCUGCCCUGUGCUGGGUCCAUCCGGCCCCGCUCCCUCCCGGUGCCGAGGGCUGGCGGAGCACGCGGGGCAGCGGGCACGGCCGGGGUGUAGCAUGCACGAGGGUGCAGAGGGACACAGGGACGCCAGCGGGAGCCAUGGCUUCGUUUGGGAAGCUGACGGAGCAUUUCAGCCUGAGGAAGUCGAGGCCAGAGCUGCGCUCCAGGCGCUGGGGCCGGCGGAGCGGGAGCUGUUGCUGUAGUGUCACGGAGUGCAGGUCUCUGGACAGAAAGCUGCAGCGGCCGCUCCUGGGCAAGUCGCGGACGCUGCCCAGCAUCCCGCAGUCGCCGGUGCUGAGCCGGCUGCCCCUGCUCGAGCCCGCAGCCUACAGGGACGAGAUGCCGGAGCAGAAGCCCUACAAGAAGCACUCGGCCCCUGAGCACCAGAAAGGCUGCACGGUCCCGUCUGCCGGGGAGGCCUGGCGGCUGGAGGAUGACUGCUCGGAGCCCCCCAGGGCCCCCCAGCUCGGCACGGCGGUGCAGGACGCCCCGUUCAGCUACUUCCGCACCCGCUCCUUCUACAUGAGGAAGAGCCUGUCCGUGGACAACCACCUGGGCUCCCUGAGCUACGCCGUGCACCCGGCCGAGAGCAAGGCCGAGCGUGUCAGGACCAAGCUGCGGCGGCAGUUCAGCCUGGGGUCGGCGGACAAGAAGGACUUUUGCCAGCCAAAGUCGGAGAGCAGCCUCGCUAGGUUUGCCCACCGCUUGUCGGUGAGGCAGAAGCAGGAGAAGAGAAGGAAAGCUGAGCAUGGCUCAGCCGAGCUGUCUGCCUUCCGGCCCAGGUCUCUGAGCAUUGAAUGGUCAUCCUCCCCUAAAAUGACGCAGCAGAUGCGGGACCUGCAGCUGGCGCAGGCCAGGAAGCCGCCGGGCCCUUCCUCACCAAACGCGGCCAAGAGGCUCUACCGAAACCUGUCCGGGAAAUUCCGUGUCAACUACACCUCCUUCGACGAGGGCAGCCUGGUGGGACGGGGCGAGAAGGAGAAGCUCCGCAAGUCCUACCUGUUCCAGAGCAAUGCUGCCCUCUUUGAGGCCGUGGAGCUGCAGGACCUUGACAGGGUGCAGGAGCUGCUGAAGCACUACAGCCCUGAGGAGCUGGACCUCAACACCCCCAACAGCGAGGGGCUCCUGCCCCUGGACAUCGCCAUCAUGACCAACAAUGCUCCCAUCGCCAGGGCCCUGCUGCAGGCAGGAGCAAAGGAGAGCCCCCACUUCGUGAGCCUGGAAAGCCGCUCGCUGCACCUCUCCACGCUGGUGCGGGAAGCGGAGCAGCGCGUCAACGAGCUGAUGGCACAGGUGGUGAACGAGGCGCCCAACGCUGACUGCUCCGAGAAGGAGAAGCAGCUCAAGGCCUGGGAGUGGCGGUUCCGGCUGUACAAGCGCAUGAAGGCAGGGUUUGAGCAUGCCCGAGUGCCAGAUGCCCCCAGCAGCGUCCACCUCUCUGUGGCCAGCAGCUCCUCAUUGCGGGUGACCUUCUGGGAGCCCCUGAGCGUCAACUCAGCUGUUGUCACCAAGUACAAAGUGGAGUGGAGCUGCUCCCCGACCUUCUCGCCCCUGCUGGGAGAAGCUGUGAUCGACAAGCUGAAGGACCUGCACUUCACCAUCCAGGGGCUGGUGUCGGGCACGGCGUGCCACGUCCGGGUGUCUGCCUACAACAUGAAGGGCUGGGGUCCCCCGCAAGCCUCCACGCCCCCCUUCGCCAUCCCUUCCAACUGGCGGGAGUACGACGGCCGGGCGCCGCGCCGGAGGGGACAGGCUGAAGCUCUGGACCAUCUGCUGGGCCAGGUGAAGACCGUCCACCAGCACUGCAUCUGCCACGAGCCCUGCAAGAACCAGCCCCAGAGCAGAAAGCAUUCGGUGUCCAAGAGCCUCAAGCACCUCUUCCACCCUGGCAGCAAGUUCCUCAAGACACUGAAGCGGGGCCUCUACCUGACAGCCAUCUUCUACAAGGAUGACAACAUCCUGGUGACCCAUGAAGACCAGAUCCCUGUGGUGGAGAUUGAUGACACCUACUCCUGCCUGCUCAUGCAGGAUUUCCUCUGGUUCACCAAGGUGUCCUGUAUGUGGGACGAGAUCCUGUGGCUGCGGCAGUGUGUCACCGUGUCCCAGUCCUCCUGCUCCUGCAUCCUACAGACACGCUUCAAGAUGCUGCUGGCCAUCUCACAGAUGCAGGGGCUGCUGGGCAUCCAGGACCUGGGGCAGGUCUUCUUCGAGCCCAUCAAAGACAAACAGGGCAACAUCCUCAUCGUUACCCUGAAGGAGGUGAAGACCAACCAGACCUUCGAGAGCGUGCGCUGGGUUCCCAUCUGCAAGCUGCAGACCAGCCGCAAGUCCGUGUCCUCCCCGGAGGAGCCCACUGCUCUGGACACGCUGCUCAUCUCUGUCCAGGACAAGCUGGCUUACCACCAGCGGAGCAGCCAUGCCCUCUCCCCGGGCCUCUACCUGGGCUACUUGAAGUUGUGCAGCGCCGUGGAUCAGAUCCGAGUGCUGGUGCCAGAGCGGCUCCCCAACAUCCUGUGCCACGUGAAGAUUCGCUCCAACCCCAACAUCUCCAGGGAGGAGUGGGAGUGGCUGCAGAAGAUGGCCAGCGUGGAGGAGCCUGUUCCCACAGAGCUAGAGGCUGACACAUCCCAGAACCCCCUGUUUCAGGAGCUCCAAGUGGCCAUCAAAAAGCUGAUGACCCUGGUGAACAUCCCAUUGCAAGAGGCCAAAGACUUCCGUCUGUACAGCCAAGAGGUGCUGGACUUUGGGGAUCAGGUCUCCUUCCUGCUGCUGCUGCCUCCAUCAGACGACGUCUGCACUGCUCCGGGCCAGAACAACCCCUACACCCCUCGCUCCGGCUUCCUCACACUGCCGCUGCAGAUCUUCGAGCUGGUCCACUUCUUCACGUACGACCGGGAGUUCAUCACGCAGUACUGCCAGGUGUCCGCCCUGCUGGAGCUGGAGUCUCUCCUCUCCCAGCAGAGCCUCAGGGAGGCUUUCUCUGAUGCUGAGCUCUCCACCGCCAAGCAGAGGCACCAGCAGGUUCAGGACUACAUCCAGCAAAUGGAGGAGAUCUGGCGAGAGAUGCGCUGGAUCAUGGAUGCCCUGCAGCACGCCCGCUACAAGCAGCCCUCCUGUGGGGUCUCUCUCAGCGGCUUCCUCAGCGAGGCCGGGGGGCCAAUGAAGGAGAAAACCCGAUCCUCCUCGUCCCACCUUGACUACCUUCCGUCCCCGGUGCCCUCACCAGAGACCAGCCGCAAGCUCAACUCUGACUCGCAUGGGCUGUCGGAUGAGGAAGGCUCCUCGGAGGUGUUCCUGGCCACCGACAGCGACUACGACUCCAGCCGGGCGCAGAGCCCGAAGGAGCUCGACCUGGUGUACUCCUCCUCCUCGGGGCCCGAGUGCUGCAGCCGGAGGGUCGCCCGCACCCUGCCGGACAGUGCCCCGGAUGUCCUGCAGAGCCACGAGCUCAAGACCCCACCCCCAGUGCCGCCACCGCCAGAGGAGCCCCGGCCACCGCCCGAGCUCUACGACAGCGACUUUGUCCUGCCCAGCCGGCAGAUUGAGCUGCUGCGCAUCACGGAGAAGCGGCAGGCGUACUGCGUCCGGACCAGCAGCCUGGACUUCCCCAAGCCCCACUGCCCCGCCCCGAGAAAGUCCUGCCCCGGCUCCGUGGACAGCUCCCCGACGGAGAGCAGGACCGCGGGCCACUGCGGCCAGCUCAGGCUGGGGACUGGCUCCACGCCCAGCCCCGAGCGCCGCCAGGGCGGACAGGGCUCCGAGCCCGUCUGCCGGACGCGCUCGGAUGAGUGGACUCAGAACUUGCCAGAGCAGCAGCCAGAGCAGCCCGGGGGCUUGGGCGAUCAAGGGAAGAAGCUGGGCUCUGUCACCUUGAGGGUCUGCCCUCAGUACGAAACGGGACUCUCCAAAGAGACCAGUGUCAAGCUGCACAUCACCGGCCAGACACCUGCCAGGGAGGUGGUGAAGCUGGUGGUGCUGGAGAUGAACAGCAUCUCGCGGGACGUGCUGGGUGGCUCAGCCGCCGUCUGCUACGGCGAGGAGCAGCUGGAGCACUUCGGACUGGUGUUCGCUGCCGACGAGAGCGAGCGGUGGCUCCCCGAUGACUUCCUGCCUCUGUCCCUCCACACCAGCCAGCCCGAGGGGCGGUUCUACGUCCGCAUCAAGGAGACGUCCCCGCUGCUGCUCCAGUACGGGCCGGCGACCACCGUAUGAGAGGAGGAGAGCCCACGGGACGGCACGGAGACCUCGGCUUGCAGAGAGCAGACAGCUCGUCUCUGAUGCUUCCUCCUUCCACAGACACCCUCUCAUCAGGCGUCCGCGGGGUGGAAUGGGAUCAUACUGGGUUGUGUGUUAUUUGUUUGUGCUAUUUUUUAAAUUUUUUUUUUAACCAAAGAGACAUCGAGACUCAGUUUUUCUGACUGGAGAAGAGGAGGGUGGAGUGCGGAGACCUCAGAGCUCAGGAGGAAUCUCUGCAGGAAUGGAAUUUUUGAAAGUAAACAUUUUUAAGGAGAAAGAGGGGGGAGAGAGAGAGGAAAAAAUAUUACAAGAAGAAGCAGCAAUACAUUUAUUUUUUUCCCUUUCUUUUUUUCUGAAGAACCUUGUUUGGGAUUCACUGAAGGCAAAGCCACAGAGGAUUGCUGGGGAGGGCUGUGGUGUCAGUGAGGAGAGGGCACAAGCCACCAGGACAACCCUGGGAAGGGUGUUUUCCUAUCUGCCCUCCUUUCACUGCACCUGGAGAAAUGAUUCUUGCACACAGUUCUUGGAACAAAAUUACAUUAGUAUUUUUAUUCUGAAAAAACGUCAAUAAUCAUUGUGCCAGAGCCACUGGAGCUGGGUAAAGGUGAAGAUCCUCUGACUUGUGUCCAAGGCUAAAGAAACCCAUGCAGCCAGCCCCCUGCACUCGCAGACGUGUCAGUACCACACUAGAGGUUUGCUAUAGGGCAUCUCCUGCAACCCCCUGGGCUUCCCCGUCCCCCUGGGUGCCGUUUUGUUCUGGUGAUUGUGCUUCUCUUGUACGUCCUACAGCAUGACAUUUUGUUAGCCACUAGGUCUCCUGUUAACAAGGUUACUUUUCUGAUCUCCUGUGGUCCAUAGUAAAGACGACUGCUGCUGACCGCA